GCAUUAUUAAAGAAAAUCAAACACAAUUCUAUUGAAGCAGCAAAAGAAAAUACGGAAGAACAAAAUGUUGUGACAACGCAUUUACGACCUGUGACAACCAUGUAUGUGAGCUCUCUCUUGGAUAAGGAGAACAGCAUGUAUCCAGGAUCUGCAAGGAGUAACAACAACCUGCCAGUGCAAAACUUUGUGUCUACUCCAUCCUAUCCAGAUUACAUGGGAUACCAUCAUGUGCCAACUAUGGACACCCACGGACAGCCUGCAGGAACCUGGGGAUCCCACUAUGGCCCGCAGAGGGAGGACUGGAACGCUUACGGCCCAGGACCUUCUAGCACAGUUGCUGCUGCUCAGAUCAACAGCUCGUCUCCUGGACAGGUCUCCUACACUUCUGCUGAUUACAGCUCCCUCCAUCCCGCUGGAUCUGGGGGGUUACCUCCUGUAGAUACAAUUAAUACACAGCAAAUCUCUCCCAACAGCCAAAGGCACAGCUCUUAUGAAUGGAUGAGGAAAACAGUGCAAACUAAUACUACUGGUAAAACAAGAACAAAAGAAAAGUACCGAGUUGUUUACACAGAUCAUCAGAGACUAGAAUUAGAGAAGGAAUUUCACUGCAACAGAUAUAUUACGAUAAGGAGAAAGUCAGAACUGGCAGCAAAUCUGGGACUAUCUGAAAGACAGGUGAAAAUCUGGUUCCAAAACCGUCGAGCGAAAGAAAGAAAACUGAUCAAGAAGAAAAUCUCUCAGUUUGAUGGCAGCGGGGGCUCAGCUCAGAGUGACUCUGGGUCACUCAGUCCAAAUGAAAUAUCCAGUUCUCUGUUCCCACCACCACAUGGAAUAAAUGGAUUACAGCCUAAUGGCAUUCACCAGGUCAUAGUUUCAGAAUGAACAGAAGGAUUCUCCCAUCAACCCCCACCCAAACACUCAGCUUUGCAAGAGGCCAUUCUCAUGUAAAUGUCUUCAGAGUGCUGAUUUCUAAGUACAGGAUCUGGGACUAUUAUCAAAACGUUUUAAUUAUUGCAGAAACCUCAGGGAACUUGUGCUGCUAAGAUUCACCACUCAAAAUCCUUGAGGAGGAAGGAAUUUCUUUCAGACACUGACCCAAAGAUGAUACAAGUGAAGAUUCAAGUAAACAUAGUUCUUGUCUAAUCAUAUAGACACAGAAAACUAAGUGAACUGAUUAUAAAAUAGAGUACUGUUGCAUAAGAUAUAAGAUGCUGGGUGUAUGUGGUUUGUUAUAUGUUAUGUAAUUAAACUGUAGAUGUUAAUUAAUAUUCACACUUAUGUGUACUGAGAAAAUGCUACUUUUGAAAACAACAGAAACAUUUUAAACACAGUGUUGCUGUACCAACACUUUGCAUUUAAUGAAAUGAAACAAAUCAACACAGAAGAAUGGCAAGUGAAGAGCUGUAACAUACACCACCUUAUUCAUUAGACUUGUACACUAGAAACGCAUGACUUAACUUAAAAUUUCUCUUCUAAUUUAUGCCAAAAGUGAAAUAAAAAGCUUAUAUGAUUAUUUACCAGGUUUCCAUUCAACACACUUAGUAUUUAUUGCCACCUUGCAGUGUCUAAGCAAGCUCCAGUCUGUCUUCUUCACCUGCCAGGCAGGUAGGAAACACCAUGCUGUUCUGAGCCACUGAAGCCACUGACUGUACUUCAAAACCACCACAGUUCAUAAAGGAAACAUUCUAAAUGAGACUAGUUUAGGUGUCAGAUGUGAUACAAAGCACCUCCUAUGAUAUGUUCAAAAUCUGCGUUGCCAAUAAAAGUGCUUCUCUUUUUUAUUAUCUUCACCCUGAAUUUUGUCCAUCAGGUCUGUCUUAAAUGUAUUCAAAGUAUGUAUUAAUAAAUAUUUGGAGGAGACAGUCUCUUUCAUGCACUAAGUAAUGAUCUCUAAGCCUAAAAACUGUAUCAGAUUAUCUUCUCUGGCUACUGCUUAGUCAAAUAAAAAGGUAUUCCCCCUAUUUUGUACCAUGCAUAAC